UACAUUAUUAUCUGAUCUUCUGCCUUAGCCUGCCGGCCUUUUCUACACCACCAUUAUUUCUCCCUCUUUUGCUCUAUUUUCUCAAAACAUAAGUUGCACUUUUCUUAAUCUCAAACUCUAGUCUGCAAAUAUACCAAUUUCUGCUUUUUUACUCUCUCUGCUAAACCAAGCCAACCUAUUAUAUUUAUAUCUAUCUUACUUAGCUCUUCUACAACAUCGAUCACGUACGUACUGUCCAUGCCUUUUGCUGCUGCAUCAAAGCUUUGAUCUCAUCUCCAAAUUGGUUUCCAUCUCAUAUUCUCAUCAUUUUUCCUCUCUCAGCUCUGCUAAACCAAGCUAAGCCACCCCAUUAUAUCUAUCUUCAACAGUACAACAUCCAUCACGUACUGUCCAUGCCUUUUGCUGCUACAUCAAAGCUAAGCUUUGAUCUCAUCUCCAAAUUGGCUUCGAUCUCAUAAUUAUUGCUUUCAACAUCACAUCACCUGCUAUGGCUUUUGCGGCUAUAACAAUUUUAAUGGAUACACUCCACCAACACUUCCUCCAACCCACUCCUCGUUUCCCUCUUCGCAACAAAACAAAGGUCAGAUUGCUUUACAAACAUCUUUCUUCUUUGCAAACCUGUCUUGAACAAGAUUUCAAAGUGGGGGAGUGUGAUGAAGCAAUGAAAGCUUUGGAAGCACAGAUGAGAGAUGUCUCCAUUGAACUAAGGUUCCAAAUUGAAUAUCAAUUGACGUUGUUUUACAUGGGGAAAUCCAUGAAGCUUAGGCUUCACUCUGCUCAAAAGCUUCUUCCACUUUUGAAUGGAGCAAUUAAGGACGGCAUAGAAACUAUGGAUUUGGAAUGUGUGGAGAAGAUGCUAAGGAAGCACUUCAUGCUGCCGGUAUCAGGCAUGCCGGCUCAUAUAAAGAAAAGGGUCCUAUCUUUUUGCACACAAUAUGGUUAUAUCUUUUUCAAUAAAUGGAGCGAAGACGAAGAGGAGAGCGGGAAUGAAAAGGAGAGCGGGAAUGAAAAGGAGAGCGAGGAUGAACAGGAGAGUGGGGAUGAACAAGAGAGCGAGGAUGAAUGCGAGGGGCAGGAUGAACAGCAGAGCGAUGAUGAACAGGAAAGAAGGAAUGAAUGGGAGACAAAGGAGACAAAUGAUGAAUGGGAGAACACGGAAGAACAAAAGAGUGAUGAUGAACGGGAGAUCGAGGAAGAACAAAAUAGUGAUGAUGAACACGAGGAGAGUGAUGAUGAAUGGGAGACUGAGGAAGAACAAAAUAGUGAUGAUGAACACGAGGAGAGUGAUGAUGAAUGGGAGACUGAGGAAGAACAAAAUAGUGAUGAUGAACAUGAGGAGAGUGAUGAUGAACAGGAGACUGUGGCAGAGGUACAACAACAUAUUUUGUGUGAAGUAGACAGUAUAAUCAGGCAAGAAUUGAGAGCCCCCUCUUAUCUCAAUAAAUACAUGAAGCAACGGAUACAGGCUCGACAUAAGAUUCAUCAAAUUUUCAUGCAAGGAAUUAAGCUUACAUCCUACAUCAACAAAGAGGUGUUGAAGGUUAAGAAUGCACACUACAAUCAAUCCAAUACCCCACAAGGGAACAAUAGUUUUGCUUCUCUUACCGUUGGUGAUUCAUUGCAACAUACUACAAUUGAAAUGGUGGGCUGUGAUGAUGAGUUCAACAUCAUAAUGGAUAAGCUGAACCAGCCAUCCAAGCAACGAGAAAUUGUGUCAAUUGUAGGAAUGGGUGGAAUCGGUAAAACCACCUUAGCUAAACGGAUUUAUGGAGAUGCUUCAUUCAUUUCUCGUUUUCAUAGUCGAGCUUGGGUUACUAUCUCACAGGAUUAUAAUCCAAUAAAAGUGCUCAAUGCCCUUCUUCGUUGUCUUGACCCAGCAUGGGUCGUCAAAGGCGAAGAAAAGAAUGAAUUGGCUAUGCAAGUAGACAAAUGUGUCAAAGGCAAAAGGUAUUUGAUUGUAAUAGAUGACAUAUGGAGCACCAAUGUUUUGGAUGAUUUAUUGAGAUGUUUUAAGGAUGGCAAGAAUGGAAGUCGAAUGUUGUUGACCACUCGCCUAAAAAAUGUGGCCGAGUAUGCUGAUUCACGUGGUAAUCUUUGUCAUAACAUGCGUUUUUUGGAUUCAUAUGAAAGUUGGAACCUUUUUCACAACCAGGUGUUGUCCCAGAGAAUAACUUUGUCCCUUGAAUUUGAAAGAAUUGGUAGAGAGGUAGUAAAGAAGUGCAAAGGAUUACCUCUUACAAUUAAUGUGGUUGCUGGACUCCUGUCAAACUCCAAACAAGACUUAAAUGAGUGGGAGCUAAUUGCAAAAAAUGUUCACAAAGUAAGUAUAGAUCAUUCUAAUCAGCAGCGUGAAAACAUCAUUGACUUGAGUUACACCUUCUUACCUCAUCAUCUUAAACAUUGUUUCUUGUCAAUUGGGUGUUUUCCAGAAGAUGAAGAACUUGCUGAAGAUUUUAUUGUUGAUUUUUGGAUUUCGGAGGGAUUUCUAAAGGUUUCGAGGUCUAAGAGUUUGAAAGAUGUGGCAAGAGAAUCCUUAAAAGAUCUUGUAGACAGGAAUCUCCUUUUAAUUUCUACAAAGAUUGGUUUUAAUGGAUCAAUGAAUGUAUAUCAAAUGCAUGAUGUGUUGCGUGAAUUGGCCUUGAGAGAAGCUCGGAAGGAGAAUCUAUUAUGUCUCAAAAAUGAUAGGUUUAUCUUUUGUGUGGGGUUUAAGAAAACUCAACUAAUAAACUCUUCUCAUGUAUCUCACCCAUGGAGUUACAACUCUUUAUCUCAUACCUGCAUCACCUUUUUAAGGUUGAGUUUACUCGGUCAGCAGUUUCAUUAUCAUUUUUUUAUGUUUGUAAGGGGAUUGGUACUACAAGUGCCAUACCUCGACGAUGCCUAUGCGUCUAUAGAGUUUAUGGGUCUAGUGCAUUUGAGAUAUCUAAAGACUUCUUCUGCUUUGAAACUUAAUUCUCUACCCUUGUUUAUGUUAUGGAACUUGCAGAAGCUGGAUGUUGAGGUUUGUCCUUCAACAAAUGAACCCCUUAAUAUUUGGGGAUUGCCCCAACUGAAGAAUCUCCGUCUUCUGGGAACUAUUCGACUGGUUCCUCCAAGUUCAGUUCAUCAUAAUUUGGAGAGCAUUCUUUAUUUGGAUCAUAGGAGUUGUACAGAGGAGCUGUUUAUGAGAAUCCCAAAUCUAAGGAGAUUGGGAGUUAGGACAGGUUGUAAAAUUAACCUAAAACGCAAAGCAUUCAAUUGGUUCGAAAGCCUUGCCUGUUUAUAUAAACUGGAAGAUCUGUUACUUUGUGGCAAACUUCUUCAUCCGAAGUUUAGUACUAUUCAUUCUACGGGGACUUUGAACAUAGAGAAUUUUUUGCCAAAUCUUAAGAGAUUGAAACUCUUAGAUACAAGAUUAAAUUGGAAGAAUAUGUAUGUUGUUGGGAUGUUGCCGAAGCUUGAGGUCCUCAUCUUGGGGGAUUAUGCUGCUGUUGGCGGAAAAUGGAAACUCACAGAUAGUGGAUUUCCUGGAUUAAAGUUCUUAAUCAUAGAAAGUUGUGAUCUACAAAUUUGGAAAGUCACGGGUGACCAUUUUCCUGUCCUUGAAUGUCUAGUCCUCAUGAAAUUAGAGGAUUUAAAAAAGAUUCCUAGUGACUUUGCAGAUAUAACUACCCUCAAAUCGAUCAAGUUAUAUGAAUGUUCAAAGUCAGCUAUAUCUUCUGCCAAGUGUAUUCAAGACGAGAAACUAGACUACGGAAAUGACGCGUUUACUGUUGAUAUUUUACGGUUUGCUGACUUUGAUGGUUCUUUUUGGGAUUAAAGAUCAUUUUCCCUUGGUUGAGAAUGCGUAGAACUAAGUUGGUGCAUAUAUGAUGUUACAAGAGAUUCCUUGGCUUGGCUAUUCAUAAGCUCCAUGAAGAUGAGAUGAGAUAAGAUAGAUGCAACCAACACACCACAUUGUUUUGAGCUGAUAAGUUGGAGAAUGGAGAAAAUUGAGAGCAUUUUGGACGUGAAUGGAAGGAUUUGGGACGCUAGCGUAUAGUAUAUGCACGAGGGCAUGCAAAUCAAGAUUCAGUGAAGAUACUCGGAGGUUGACAACUCUUGUAUCAUCGCUUGAAUAUGGGCAAGCUCGUUAGACCAAAAAUUCAAGGGAAUCGAAAUCCAACAGAUCACUUGAUUUCUAUCAAAGGGUACCUCUCAUGGGAACAAAUGGGAAUCCAGAGAUGGAGGACUCCAUGGAUUAAAGUUCUUGAAUAUGUAUUGUUGCAAUCUAAUUAAGAUGUUGAGAAGCCACUAGUGAUCAUAUCUGAUCUGAUCACAGAAACACCAUUUGGGUACAAAUUAAAUUACUGUGUGUUUGGAUGAUGAGCAAUUAGGCAUGCAUUUGUUUACACAUAAAAACCAUUAAUUGUUUCUUGAGAUUUUGUUAGCGAAUGAAUAGUGCAGUGAAAUUCUACUAUUAA